AUGGAAGAUCUUCUAACAAGACAAGCUGAGCUUACAACAUUAAUCGAGAGGAUUUUCACUAACUUCAAGAAGGAGAACAUGGAACGCAGGAAGCUAGUGGCUAAGAAGAAAGCAACAGAAUUAAAACUUAUGUUUCAUGAGUAUAAGGAGAAUGAUGAUGUUUUGAAGGAGUGUAAAGAUCGUUCUAGUGACUACUUCACAGGAGGUUACUUUAUCGAAACAAGAAACUACUAUCUGGAAGCAUUAAACUUCAUAGAACAGUACAUAAAACAGGAUGCUGGAGAAAACGUAACAACAUCUAACAAAACUAUAGAGAGUGUUGAUCUAACAAAAAUUAUAAAGCAACAGGAAGAACAUGCGGAGACUGUAACCAAGAGUACAGAAGAGAAGUCCGAAACCAACAACACUAACAAUAAGCUAACCGAAAAACUGCGAAAACAAACAGCUAAUUACAGAGCCUUCCAGCGUACCAUAUCGAACAUCGACGUAGGUAUUUUAUUAGAACAUUGGGAACUUGAAGAUGCGAUCAAAACAUUGGAAUCACGCUGGAAAAUCAUAGACUGUCUUCACUGGGAGAUUGAAAGUGAAUUGGAAGCCGAAGGUAAAGAAGAGUUGGAACUACUGUACGAUAAAUACGAAAAGCAAUACCUCCGUUUGAAGAAGUCUAUUAACUCUAAAAUGUGGUCGGAAAAACAUAGAGACAAAACAACACCUAACUUAGAAGUACCAACAUUCAACGGCAGUUACAACCAAUGGGUGUCCUUUAAGGAUUUAUUUUCGGAAGCUAUCCACAACAAUCCUUCACUAUCUAAGGCGCAAAAAAUGCAGUUUCUGAAGAGUAAGAUUCGAGGAGAAGCUGAGCGUCUCAUCCAACACUUGCCGAUUAGUUCGGACAACUACACAGUUUGCUGGGAUAUCCUUAACCGCCGUUACAACAACAAAAAGCUUAUAUUUACAUCUCACAUCAACAUGUUACUAGAUUUACCAGUUUUAAAACAUCAAGCAUUAGCGCCAAUCAAGAAGAUGCAUGACGUCACUCAAGAGUGCCUUAAUGCAAUAACAAACCUGGGUGUGGACAUAUCCACCUGGGACCCUUUACUUGUACAUCUUUUGGAUCAAAAGUUAGAUGUUGACUCCCAUUCCGAGUACAUAGACUCGUUGAAAGAUCGCCGUGAGUUACCGGUUCUCAAAGAUUUUUUAGACUUUUUGGAAAAAAAGUUUACUGCACUAGAGUCAUCUCGUCGCAAGAGCGAAACCUUGCCACAGAAAUUUGGCAAUCAAUAUUCUCAACAAAAUCCAUCAACAUCAUAUGGAAAAUUACCUUACCAUCGAACAAACAAUUAUUUUAAUUACAACAAGGGAAGCGCAGACAAACAAGUUAUUACGAAAUCAACAUGCAACAUAACUACAAUAAAAUGCCCAUUAUGCAACAACGGCCACGGACUUUAUAACUGCAAAAGAUUCUUGGAAAUGUCCAGUGAACAGAAAUUAAAAACAGUGAAGGAAUUAAAAGUCUGCAUGAAUUGUUUAUUUAGUCAUAAUGGCAAUCCAUGUAAAUCACCUCAAACAUGUAGAAAAUGCUCGAAGAAACAUAAUACCAUUAUUCACGAUGCCUGCAAUAUUGGGUACAACACAUCGACUACAAAUGUAGCAAAACAAAAUGAAAUUCAAAACCCUCACGUGCGUCAAAGUAAUGAAAAUGACUUAUCAGCCGAGGUUUUGUUGUCAACCGCUAUGCUGAAGGUUAAGGGUACUGAUGGAACUUAUCAUGAUAUGAGAGCGUUAAUAGACCAAGGAUCGCAAGUUUCCUUAAUAACAGAAAGGGCGGCGCAACAGUUAAAUCUGAAAAGACAACAUUGCAAAGGAACGGUUAUUGGCGUUGGAGAAAAGGAAAAUAGUGGAAAAGGGUUACUAAACAUUCAUUGCCGCUCGAUCUACAGUGACUACGAGUUUCGAACUGACGUCAUUAUUAUGAACAGCUUGAUUGGAAACUUACCCAACAAAACAUUCAAAAAGCCAAACUGGAACAUUAUUGAAAACAUAUCCCUCGCGGAUCCCGAUUUCUACAUUAGUCGACCCAUUGACAUUUUGCUUGGAGCAGAUGUUUAUUCUUUAAUUCUUUUAAGUGGCAUGAUAAAAGGGGACGAAUCAACUCAGCCCGUCGUACAACAAACAAAACUUGGUUGGUUGCUAUGUGGAACCGCCAAAACAUACCAGUGCAACAUAGUGCAUAACAUUGAACAGAUACAAAAAUUUUGGGAAAUAGAAGAGAUCAGUGAGCAGUCUCCUUUAUCAGUACAAGAUCAACAAUGCAUAACAUUUUACAACGAAACUACAACACGAAAAGAAGAUGGACGCUAUGUCGUCAGGUUACCGUUAAAGGAAGACAUAACAAGUAAACUUGGGUCUUCUAAACAAACUGCACUGGCACAAUUUCGAACCUUGGAAAACAAAUUUAAAAGGCAACCAAAAUUGGCUCAGGACUAUAAGAACUUCAUGAAUGAAUAUAAAACAAUGGAACAUAUGAUACCGACAACAAUUAGUAACCAGACACCUGAGUAUUAUUUGCCGCAUCAUGGAGUUGAGCGUGUCGAUUCUUUAACAACACAAUACAGGGUGGUAUUUAAUGGUUCUCAUAAAACAAACACAGGGUACAGUUUGAAUGAUCUCAUGCAUACCGGCCCUAAUUUACAAAUUGAUCUACAAACACUUCUUUUAAAAUGGAGACAGUAUAAAUAUGCUUUUACGAGUGAUAUUGAGAAGAUGUUUCGUUUUAUAGCAGUAGAUGAAAGAGAUCAAAAGUAUCAGAAAAUAUUUUGGAGAGAGUCUCUAGAACAUCCUAUUCAAACAUUUUGCUUAACAACUGUCACAUAUGGAACCCGCGCCGCUCCAUUUCUGGCAAUAAUGACUUUAAGAAAACUAGCAGCCGAUGAACGUGAAACAUACCCAGAAGCCUCAAAAGUUGUCGAAUCAGCAUUUUAUAUGGAUGACCUUGUACAUGGGACAAACACAAUUGAAGAUGGCAAACAGUUAAUCUCGGAUUUGAACGCACUAAUGAAACUAGGUGGUUUUAACUUAAGGAAGUGGUCGUCGAAUGAGAAAAAGCUACUGGAUAACAUUAAGAAGGACGGAAACAAAUCAAACAAUGAAGUAUUUACAUUUAAAACAGAAAACAUUUCGAAAACAUUGGGCUUAUGUUGGAACUCAACAGAAGAUAAAUUAACAUUUCAGUACAACACAAACAAACCUAAAGACAACACCAGAAUAACAAAACGAACACUGUUAUCGGAGAUCUCAAAGGUCUUCGAUCCGCUAGGUUGGAUGGCACCUUUAUCAACCAAACUUAAACUGUUGUUUCAAAGGGUUUGGAAGAAAAACAUGAAAUGGGACGAUGAAGUGCCAAUUGAAAUUCAGAAGGAGUGGAUCAAGAUUAAAAGCGAGCUCGGCGCAAUUAAUCAAUAUGAGGUACCAAGAUGGAUACGCAGUCGCAAGGAAGAUAUCAUAGAACUACAUGGCUUCUGCGAUGCGUCUCUUGUAGCCUUUGCUUGUGUCUUAUACGCACGAGUCAACGACGAAACAGAGCCAGUGCUAUUGGCCGCAAAAACAAAACUGGUACCUCACAAAAAAGCAGUAACAUUACCCAGAUUAGAGUUGAGUGGAGCACAUUUAUUAGCAAAACUUAUGAAGAAAACACAGGAUGCACUUUCGGAACAUAAAACACAAAUAUAUGGUUGGACGGACUCAAUGGUCGUGCUUGGAUGGAUACAGGGCGAACCAACUCGAUGGAAAACAUUCGUCGCCAACCGAGUGCAACAAAUAGUUGAAACAAUACCGAGCACAUGCUGGCGUUAUGUAAAGUCGGGCGAAAACCCAGCCGAUGUAGCGAGUCGGGGUUUAUACGCACAACAAUUAAGAGACAACAUUUUAUGGUGGCACGGGCCCUCAUGGCUCACAACAUUCGAAAAUCAAGAACAAGAGACCCCAACCUACACAACAGAAGAAGAAGUAAGGUUAAAUAAAUCAUGUACUGUUAAAGAACAAGAAGAAAACAUUAUUGAAACAUUAUUGCAUAAACACAGCUCAUUCAAUAAAGUAAACAGAAUAAUUGCAUGGUUGUUACGUGCAUUUGCACCUAAGCGAACAGACAUGCCAUCAUAUCUCACAUUACAUGAACUUACUGCAGCAAAAUUACUUAUAAUUAAAAACGUGCAACAAAUGGAAUUUAGAUCGGAAAUUGAAUGUUUACGCAAUAAGCAAAGACUAAGUACAAAAAGUAAAAUAUUAAAUUUAAAUCCAUUCAUUGACUCAUCUGGUGUCUUACGCAUUGGAGGCAGACUUGAAAACUCAACAUUGAACAUGGAGAUGAAGCAUCCAAAGAUCAUACCACGUGAUAGUCGUCUGGCUGAGCUUUUAGUGGACGAAGCUCACAAACUUACCUUUCAUGGAGGUCCUCGCCUUACUCUGGCCAAUCUGAGGCAGCAGUAUUGGAUACCUGGAGGGAACAACGCUGUGAAAAAACGUCUGAGAAACUGCGUGAUUUGUCGCAAAAACAACCCACAGCAACAUCAACAGAUAAUGGGUGAUUUACCCACUGCACGUACGGAGCCAGCCCCGCCCUUUUACCACACCGGAGUGGACUACACCGGUUUCGUUGAAAUCAAGAGCAACAAAACAAGGAACGCAAGGUCGAUGAAAGGUUACAUUGCACUUUUUAUUUGUAUGGUCACAAAGGCCAUACACCUGGAACUUGUAACAGAUCUAACAAGUACAGCUUUUUUGGCGGCCCUAAGAAGAAUGACGGCCCGACGCGGAGCCCCACGCUAUAUGUAUAGCGACUGUGGAACCAACUUUGUGGGCGCUGAUCGUAUUUUACAACAAGAACACGAACAAGUGCAACAAACAUUUGAUAACAACUUCAUGGGUAUACUUGCUGAUAUGAACAUUGAAUGGCAUUUUAAUGCCCCGUCGUGGCCCAGUGCCGGAGGUUUAUGGGAACGCGCGGUUCGCAGCUUAAAACACCACCUGAGAAGAGUGAUUGGGUCACAAAAAUUAACAUUUGAAGAAUACUACACAAUACUAACACAAAUUGAAGCCUGUUUAAAUUCAAGACCCUUGUGCGCCCUAACAGAAAACAUUGAUGAUCUUGAUUACCUGUCACCAGCCCACUUUCUCACAGGCAGGGCAGGAGUAACAAUCAUAGAAACACCUGAAGAUGGAAGAACAAGAUGGUAUUUGACUAAUCAACUAUUUCAACAAAUAUGGAAGAGGUGGAAGUCGGAAUAUUUGUCACAACUUAACGCACGAAACAAAUGGUUAAAACCUCAGGAUAACAUUCAAGUAGGGAAUUUGGUCAUUAUUCAAGAUGAAAACUUACCAGCCGGGAAGUGGGCGAUGGCUCGAGUAGUCGAACUGCACCCUGGGCGCGACGGAUAUGUACGUGUUGUUUCACUGAAAACUCAACAUGGGAUCAUCAAGCGGCCAAUAGUCAAAUUGUGUUUAUUACCUAUUCGACCCGCGCAAGAUGAACCUGAAACGAAAACUGAUAACAAACAAACUAAACAAACAGGAAAGAAAGGAAACAAGAGGCACUGCAUUUCCGCUACAUUGUACUCCGUUGUGAUGGCACUAACAUUCUUUAUGACUCUUAUUUCAAAUGCCUACGGAACAAGUAACAUCACCCAACUGAACGAAAAUCAAGCAAUCUACUUUGAUCCCAUUGCCAAAAUGCAACUCAUACGACACCAGUGGACGUUGGUAGCCUACUACGAUAUGUCACCGUACUGGGAAGGAAUAACUGCCUUCAAAAAAUAUUCAAGCUAUCUGGAACAAUCCUGCAAUCGCAUGAACAAUACCAACAAAUGUAACAUGAUUGUACCACAACAAAGUCACGAGUACACGGAGUUGCAGUAUUAUAACCAGCUGUUGCUGACACAACAUUUCAUAGAGCACUCCAGACGGCGUCGCGGGCUUAUCAACGGCAUUGGAUAUCUCGCCAAUGGACUGUUCGGCGUAUUAGAUGAACGCUUCGCAGAACAGUACGCCCAAGACAUUGAACUUAUAAAACGAAACGAAGCACAUUUGAAGAAUUUGUGGAGUAAUCAAACAUCGGUAGUAGAAUCUGAAUACAACUUAAUUAAAAGGAUGGAGAAAAUGGUUGCCAUGCAACAUAAAGUCAUAAACAAACACCUGAACAGCCUUGAUAAAGCUUUGAACACUAUCCAAGCGGAAGUAAACGAAAUAACAAAACAGCAAGAGUUUAUUCUAACAGCAAUUGCAGCGAACACAGUCCUGGCACCGAUUAACCACAUAAUCAAUCUGACUAUUGAUCAAGGAUACGAGGACAAUUUGGACAACCAAUCAAAUGAAACAGAAACAGUGCACAACAACUUGCUUAGAGAGAUAGACUUGAAGUUAAAACAGUUGAAAGAAGAACAGAAAUAUGAAAAAGCUGGAAUACAACCCCGGAAGAGACGAUCAACGAAGCUCAACCAAUGCCCAGGACUUCUAGGAUCAACAAACACCAAUCGCAAGCUCAAGAAGAACACGAGAUGA